AUGGCCCCCAUCCAGAAGAAAGUGCACAUCAACGUCGAUCUCGGUGAAGGCUACGGCAACUUCAAAGCCGGGCCAGACGACGAGUUGAUCCCUCUCAUCGACCAUGCCAACAUCGCAUGCGGUUUCCACGCCGGCGAUCCGCUCAUCAUGCAAGAGACCGUCCUGAAAUGCAAACAACACAACAUCCUCAUAGGCGCCCAUCCCGGCCUUCCAGACAUUCAAGGUUUCGGUCGACGCGAAAUCAAAAUGUCCUCAGAAGAAUUAACCGCAAUAACACGCUACCAAAUCGGCGCCUUACAAGCCUUCCUCUCCGCCUUUGACCUCUCCCUCAAUCACGUCAAACCCCACGGUAUCCUCUACGGCAUGAUGUAUCGCGACCGAGAGAUUUGUCGCGCCGUCUACGCAGGCGUGCCUCCGGGGACAAGAGUGUUUGGAUUAGCGGGGACGUUUCAUGAAGAAGUGGCGAAAGAGAUGGGGUUGCCGUUUACGGCGGAGUUGUAUGGCGAUGUCAAGUAUUCUGCAGAUGGGAGAUUAGUGAUUGAUCGGAAGAAGAAGCCUUGGACUGCCGAAGAAGUGCACAAACAUGUCUCGAGUCAAGUGGAAAACAGCUCGGUGACGGCGGUGACGGGAGAGGAAGUCGAGCUCCCCAUUGGGCAACAUGAUGUCUCCUUGUGCUGCCACAGUGAUAGUCCCGGAGCACUGGAGAUUGUGCAAGCUGCGAGAGAGAUUGUCGAUGCUUUUAAUAACAAGAUGAAUUAUCUAUAA